UUGAAACACAGAACAAAAAGUCUUCUCGUUGGAUUGUGACAGUUUCGGGAUUUAAUUGGCAAACAAUUAAUUAAGGGACCGGUGGACAUUUUUUUGGGUGGGCAAAUGGGACGCAACUGAAACGCCGACGGCAGAUAAAGAGUCUUUCUGCUGCACACUGAAGGGAAGGAAGACUGCAUCCACAGCACGGAAAGAGAGAGAGCGAACACAGCGAUGUUCAAAUCGAUCACCCGCCUGCUUUUCGGGGUUGCAGAGGAGGCCCCCGGAGAUGUCAAGUCUGCUGAAGUGGUGGAGGAAGGCUGGCUUGUUGUGAGUCAUCAAGAGGCCGGUUUAGAUGAGAACAACCAGGGUGCAGAGCAGACUGAGUCCCAGGCAUCGAGCUCUGCUCUUCAAGGAGACACGCUAGCAAACGUGGAAAGUGACAUCAGUGUUUUUGAUCCAGAGCCCACCGUUCAAAGCAGCAGCAGCAGCGGUGGAGCCAUCCCAAGCUCUGUUUCUCAGCCUCGAGCCGUGUUAGAAGUGACACAGUUGACCUGCGUCCAGAAGGCCAAGGCCUGGGCCGACCCGCACCACAUGUCUCGUAACGCCAUUCAGCGCCAGAACCGCGUUCGCCAAGGAGUCCAGCACCAAUACUACCACCUCCAACAGCCGGGACAUCGUAACCUCAGCCACUGAGUCUCUGGCUGUAGAACGGCAAAUGUCAAGCAUGAAAAAAUAAUCCUUGAUGCAUUGUCCUUCAUUCUUCAAUACACACACACGCACACACAUUUUUGUCUUGUGCAAAUUUCAGCUAUACAUCUGAUCUAGAUGUAACCCCACAUAACAACAGGCAGCUACUUUACUACUGUAUGAGUAUUGAAAUGAAGAAGUCCCCCUCAUGAAAUGAGAUCCACUAUGUUUUCAUGUUUGUGUGGAUAAGUGCAGCCUUUUUUUAAAAAUGAGCUGUUCUUUGCAUAUCCACACCACAUGCAGUAUUAUUUAGUUUGAUGUAACUGAUUCAAAAAUAAUAUGGCAAUAAAGAUGAUGAUUUUGCAACGUU